GUCUCAGAGUAACCACAGCCUACACAAAACAUCCUCUGCUGGGUAUUUUGCUGAGGGCGGACACUAGAACUGCAGUGAGUCCCCAGGCUAAGCGGCCAUUCGUAAACAAACCAAGGCUUCUUCCGCUUCCGGCACAGCCAGCCGCUCCCCGCCUCCCGUAUCUGUAACAAAGGACAAGCUCCUCGUAACAUGAGACCACGGACCUGGAAACCACUUUACGACCAUCGAUCUACUGCUUUCUUGGGGAACGGAGCAGGCGGGACCAGCCGUAGUAACAAAACUGCGCUUCCUAAGAGCGUGUCCAAGCUUUCCAGGACCGCAGGAUAUCUUCGCCGGCAGCGUAGUAUUGAUCUCGCGAGACGACGGGUCCUCCGAAGGCACAAACUUCUCCCUGCACUAGCGCCGAGGUUUCUCUGUCAAGUUAAAUUCCGGGGUGCGGAAGUGGGUCUGUUGUGCCGCCUCUAAUCUAUCAGAAGUCAAUCCUCUUUCUACAUGUCAGGGUAGGCCUCCGGCUGCUAUGGAAGGGCAGCAAGGACAACAGAGCCACGCAACCCUAGCACUCGCCCAGGCUCAUUUCGAGAAGGGCGAGUAUGCGGAAGCCGAGGCGCUGUACUCCGCUUACAUUCGCCGGUGCCUCUCUGCGGGUUCGGUAGGAGCGGCGCCCGGGAAUAAAUGCAGCCCUGAGGAUUUGGCUACUGCAUAUAACAACAGGGGGCAAAUCAAAUACUUCAGGGUUGAUUUUGAUGAAGCCAUGGAUGACUACACAUCUGCCAUAGAAGUCCAACCCGAUUUUGAGGUUCCAUAUUACAACAGAGGGUUGAUAUUGUAUAGGCUAGGAUACUUUGAUGAUGCUUUGGAAGAUUUCAAGAAGGUAUUAGGCUUAAAUCCUGGAUUUCAAGAUGCUACUUUGAGCUUAAAACAGACUCUUUUGGACAAAGAAGAAAAACAAAGAAGAAAUUACUAAAAAAAAAAAAUUAUUGAAAAUUUUAACUUAAUUGAAAUAUUAACUCAAGAUCUUUACACCUGGUAUUUAAUUGUCUCUAAUUUAGGUGUUGAGCUGUUUUGAUUUAUAUUUAUGAAAAAGAGAUUCAUGCAUUAACACUGAAAGUUAAAUAAUGUAUAUAGGAAGCGAAUUUCAGAUUGAGAAACUAUGUUGUAUAGGUGUGCUUUUAUAAACUGUAAAUAAGUAAUAGCAAUGUAUAAUUGUGUAUUAUUACAGUAAAAUAUUUAAAGAAA